CAAUACGUCACGAGAUCGCUCCAAAGACAGUCAAUUGGCCGCAAAGCACCGCACAACGCGUUCAUACUCUGAAGGAUUACACAUACAGGUUAUUAAGCGUAUGAGAUUUUUAUUACUGAGUCGAGAGGAAAUAUCAAAUUAAUUUAGAGAGAUUUUACUAGUAUUUCACACAGGAUACUCUACAUUUUAUGAUUUAUUCUGAUUGAGGAGUGAGUACGGCUUGAUUCCGGUUCAUGGUGUAGUAACCACGACCAUGUGAACCCGUGAUAUUCCCAGGGCGUUUGGAACUCUCGCGAAUAGAGGAUUACUGUUUUUAUCAAUACUCUUGCUGAAGAAGGAUAUUUUAGUAUUUAGACAACAAACAUUCAGGUUAAAAAAAUGAUGACUGUAUAUAUAAGAUUAUUCUACCUCUUCUUCGUCUGCCUGCUCGCCGCCACACAGAUAUAUGAGGCCGCAGCGGAGUAUGACUCAACAGAUUUCAAUGAAGUUGUUGAAAGGAAACUAAGAGCCUGUGAUAUCAGCGGGCCACUUGGUAUGAUCAAUGGCGACAUCCAAGAUUGGCAGAUCACCGCCUCAUCAACGUACCCACAGGAGUGGGACAAGGCCUGCCAUGAACGCUUUGCCAGACUUUACCAACCAAACAAGUAUGGAUGGUGCGCCAAGUACAAGUCAUCAUCGGAGUGGCUGCAAAUUGACCUUGGAGUUGUUUCCAAGGUGACUGGUGUAAUGACACAGGGCCGAGGCGAUGGAAAAGAAUGGGUGACAUCAUUUAUGGUUUCGUUCAGUAUGGAUGCCUCAAAAUGGGACUACGUGGUCGACCAGUAUGGCAACCAAAGGAUUUUCGAAGGCAAUAUCGACUCGUACAGCGUAAAGCACUCCUACUUGGACAAGCCAGUCAUGGCACGGUUCGUGAAGUUCCACACGGUGCACUGGAGCAAGCAUCCCAGUCUCAGGGUAGAGAUCAUCGGUUGCCAAGAAUGUAAGGAGCUAAUAGGCAUGCCCCCUUAUGGGAAGAUCACUGCCUCAAGCUGGAAGACCUACAGGAAGGGCAGCUCAUGCCUCCCAGAAGAUGGCCACAUCCUCAGCAACAAAGCCUGGUGCUCCAGAAAGGACGAUGAGAACCAAUGGCUGCAGUUCGAUGUGGGACCGCCGACCAUGAUCACCGGGUUGGUCAUUAAGGGCCGUGGUGACACCAGGAAGAACGAAUGGGUGAAGAGAUUCAGGUUGUCCUACAGUAAUGACAGCAUGAUCUGGUAUUACUACAAAGACGAGGAACAUCUCGCGCCUAAGACGCAAGUUUACUCCUGGAAUUAUGGAAGUAAUAAGAAAGGUGGAUUUAUACCCAUUCAAAAUCGUCCAUCGUCCCUGGGUUUGCUUUUCGGCGGCAAUAGCGACAAGAAUAUCCCCAGGUACCACUACCUAAAUCGACCCUUCAUCGCAAGGUUUGUACGCCUGCAUCCCGCGGAGUGGGAACGCUCCAUUGCCAUGCGGGCAGGCCUGAUUGGUUGCCCACAGAAAGGUAAGGGCACGGACUCUGCAAGCGAUCCGUCUGAUCCUCUUGCAGGUUCAUGUGACAAGGGAUUCGUCAGGAUCAACGAGGCAACGCAAUGCAUCGAGAACAUCGCCUACAAGAAAGAGAGCUUCAUCAACAACCAGAGCAAAUACAAGCGUCACACCCGAAACACGUGGAUGCAUGGUCAUGCUGCGCGCGCUGUCGACGGAAACAUGGAUUCGACCUUGAACGCGUGCACUGUCCUUGACAACUCGUAUGUAGAUAACCCGAUCUGGAUGGUUGACCUUGGUAAGAGAACCAUGAUCAAUGGCGCCAUUGUUCACACAUGGCAGGGGAAAGGUCAAGGUGAGAUUAACGACCCUAACACAACCUACCGUGAUUACACAUACAACUUGGAGAAAUUGGUCGUCUUCAUUGACAAGAAGUCUGGUAGGGAUCGAGUCGACGUUCCCGAACACAAGUGCGGAUACGUCACCAGAUUAAACAACGCCCUCUUCAAACCUCGAAUCCACGUGGAAUGUACACGACAAAUGUAUGGCCGCUACGUGUUUGUGAUGGCGUACGGAGUGCCCGAUAGGUGGAGUCGCUUGUUCAGCGCCAUUUUGUGUGAAGUUGAGGUCUACUGAGCAUAGAACUAAAGCGCCCGUAUGCAAACAUUUGAGAUAACGGCUCUUCGAAGACGUGAUUUUUACCUCUGUAUUAUAAAUUCUGUAAAAUAUUCUUGGCAGAGCGCCAUAUUGUGUUCUUGUUUCUGGACACUAUCGCCAUCUAGUGUAGUUAGCGCCAGGAGUGAGCGCUGCCGGAUAGAAGAAAUAAAGAGUAUUAUUUUUUGCAGAAAAUGAAUCUCAGUGAAUUAGGUUUUAUUCACUAAAUUUCGGAAAAUGCGUGGUAAUGAGAUGGUGAUGUAUCUUAGAAUUCACUGAACACAAACAACAUUGCGUCAAAUAUGUGUUCGUAGGUUGACAUUUUACCGGCAAAACACUCUACCGUACGUCGCACAAAUUGCUCGACUUGGAUUAGGUAUUAGGUUCUUCAUCAUUUGAUAUUGGUUGAGGGUCAGGGGGCAAGAUCAAGACAAACCGAAUCAUAGAUCCGGAAAGAAACAUACAUUUAAGUUCAAAUAUUCUUGAAACGAAAGAAUUGCAUUCAGUAUUUAACUUUCCUCACGAAAACUUGGUCCUUCGAGUCUUAAGUACGAAAUUUUGUCUUUAUAACAAGUUAAUUCGAGGGAUCAGUUACGAAAAUAUUCAAAAAUGAGAAAGGCGGAACGGCACAGUUUUUGCCACACGUGUGAUGCCUCGCGUCGAGGCGGGGGUGCAAAUUGUGUGACACCUUAAAAGGCGCUUCUGUAUAUAGGCCUGGACUACUUUGCUGCUAGUUUUGAUAGUCGCAUGCGGGGAUUUCAGGCGAGAAUAAAAUCCCUGCCGGUGUGGAAGGGACUUCAGACUCGGUGGAGAAAGUGUGGAGAAAACCAAGAGAAUUUGGUCUCUCUCGACAUGAACUUUCUGUCAUGAAGCGAUAACGUGGGACUUUUUCUCCCAGGCGGACUAAGUUACCCUUUUGCACUGGUCGCCCUACUGGUGAAUGAAGCUACAAAACUCUGCCAGUCUAGCAGCCAUUGUUCCGGUAACAAAACGUAUUGUUUAGUGAACAAAAUAAAUGUAUGUAAAAUGUGUCAUAUUAUUAUCAUCAAUAUCAUACGGUAUAUUAUUUGUGACAGAAGGUCAUUUUAUAGCCUUCCUAAAAGUAUGGUAUAUUUGUGCAUUGAUAGCACAUCUUGAUAUAUAAAAAUUCGACCUCACUACAAUACAUGGAUAAACUCCGCUGGCGAACUAUGAGGUGAUACAAAAUCAUGGAAUCUGGUAGAGAUUUGCCAAAAUUAAGCGAAAAUUAACAUGCCCAAAAAUGUUGCUUUUAAUAGUUUGAUACAUUUAGUUUUUAUGAUGACAUGUAAAUUUUAGGUAUCUUGUAAAUAUAGAUAUGUUAUAGAGUAGGAGGAACAACCAAGAUUUAGAAAUCACCCACUAACUACAGGACAACAAAUUAUUAUUAAAUAGAUACCGGUAUGUUUUUACAUGUAAUAAAUAACGGCACACACAGGCGACAUAAUCAAGGGACGGUCAGCGUACGUCACUCCGACUGCUGCUGCGCUGCGCCUGUGCGUGAAGGGUACUUGAGACCAGUGAUGAAACGUGUAGUUUUAUUAACUCCAUCAUCUGCAAAAGUAUAAAUGUACUUCAUUGCUCAAGUGAGUAACACGUGUUAUUGUCACCUCGCGCGAGAGCAAUGUACUAUGUAUCGGUAAAAAAACAGAAAACGGUUACUCUACCGAAAUAUGAUGAUGGUGAUGAUGCUUAGCUCAGGAAUAGGUAGAAUGGACUCGGAAUUUAAUGGACUACAUGUCGUGGUGUGUUGUACAGACAUUGUCAUUGUUUCUCACUUAUUAUUUAUUUAUCUUAUUGUACAAUAUACCUAUGAUGUAUACUCCUCGAAUGUCCGUUUAAGUUGUAGGCUUCAAUGUACGUAUUAAUGCAUGUGGAUGUAUUAUAAAGCCAGUACCGUACUGGUAUGCUCGGAAACAUUCAAUACUAAGAUAUGUGUUGUAUGGCACCUUUUUUCCGCCGUUGGUGUGUACAUUAUAGGUAAAUACCAACAUGAUGAAAAUUUACCCCCAUAAAGUGUAUCUAGGUAUCUGUGUACAACAGCAGCAUGUUGAAAUGUGUACAUGUAUUCAGUGUGCAUUCACAUAAUUGGAAAAUCCCCGAAUUCAAUUUCGAAUUUCGAAUUUAGCACGAGCGGCGUAAUUCUUCUGAUUGGUUCUUAGACAUUUUUCAGAUUGGUCAAACAACUCCAGACAUCCAUCAGCAUGGAUGGUAACCAACCAGAAAGUUUCUCGGUUAAAGCGAGCAUUUCUCUAGAGUAUAUAAUUCCCAGUUUGUGUCUAAAUCAUGUGUGAAUAUAUUGAGACGAGCAAUAAUUCAAGAGUUGGCAUCUAGACUAGCUUUCAGGGCGAGGUGAGUAACGCACAUUAGCAAUACAUCGUCAUCGUCGUACGUAUAUAUGUACACAUGCAAUCGACACUACACGGUUUAAGCAGAUUGACUCUACGUGGACGUCACUGUCGUGGUCACUGUCAUUGACUACGUAUCCUCAGUAUAAUAUCAAGGUCUGAUAGAAAGUGUUUUGAUAUUCUCUUCAGCGCGCGACUUGUCGGAGGAUUUAUGUUUUUGGAGGACGAGCUAUCGAUAUACAUGUACUUAUAUCAUUGACUAGCGCAGCUAUAACUCUGAUUUUUAAAAGCUAUCUUCCCGUCGUAAGAGAGGACGCCGCCGCCAUGAAUCAGUCUGCUGAAAUCGUGUAAAUACGUAGGAAGAACGCUUUGUAAAUAUAAUGCACAGUGUCAGACCAUCCUAUAAGAUCCUACUUUAAUUUUAUAUGAAUAAAGUUUAACAACUAGCCCGUGUUCAGA